AUGAAGGUCUCCCAGCUUAUCCUCGCCUCUCUUGCCGUCGCUGUCGGCAGCACAGCGGCUGUCAAAGUCGCCACCGGCGAGCAAAUCUACUCGGGCGUGAACUACGCCGUUGCCUGGAAAGAGGGCCAGGAUCUUUGUCGUUUCAAUCAGCUGCUUGCCCCCGUGUCUGAGAACCCCUGCGACAGGAGCUUCUGGAUCGAUAACGUGAAUUACCACCUUGCAUACUGCGGCACCGACAACUUCGGCUUGUAUAAGGCCGACGGCUCGCGAGUUGGUGGAUGCACGAGGGUAUCUGACCAGAAGUUCCACUGCGAUUCCCCUUGGCAUGAUGUUAUCAAGCACUGGGUCUGCGGGAACUAA